UACUUCAUAUAGGUAACCGACCCUUUCAUUGGGCUCAAUGGAACAAAACGAACAUUAUUUGAGAAAAGAUGAACAGAAAUGGUUUCAAGAGAACAUCGUCUCGUGUUUCUACAGGUCAGUUCUUACUGAAUUGCAUGAAAUUUUGGACUUGUUAAAAAGCGAUGUUCCCAAUGUACUUGCGUACUCUUCCAUACACACGGACAGCAUCAAGGGUGUUGUCUCGCGCAAGCAGGAUCAUAUUGACCGGGUCAAUUUGAUAGUAAAACUGGGCAAGCAGGUGUAUGAAAUCCGUUCUAAUGAUGGUGAGCUGUUUCACUUGAAACAGAUACAGUCUUUAAAGAACGAACUACAUUUUUGUCUGUACAACUUUCAACUUUUUAAGAACAAGCCACUCAUUGGUUUAAAUCGUUUGUUAAGCUCCUUGAAGCAUUGCAUUGAUCUACUAAAUGAACCAUCACAAUGUUUUCUGGGAUUAAGCAAAUCGCAAGUCGUCGAGAUUCCAAAAAAUACUGACAAAGUUGACAGCAAUAGAUUCUUCCCAUCAUUGUGUGUUCCACUUGCUCGGCGCUCUGCUUUUAAGCCGCCGUUGGAUCCUCAAAUUACACUUUCUUUUACAGUGUCUGGUUCAUCCAUCGGCGUUCAAGUUUUACGUAUUACAAGUUCUGCUCCGGCAAUUGAUCUAAACGCUGAAGAGCUUGAUGCAUCGCAACUACUGCCAUAUAUUUCACAACACGUCGAAGCUUAUUCUCAAGAUCCGAUGCUCCUUUCUGUGAUGACGAAGCUGAACGCGCUGCAAAAAAAAACGGCAGACAUGCGUUAUCGAAGCAACAUUGCCUACGAAUUGGCUUAAUCACUCUGGUUUGCUUUUGCUCUCCCCUCUCUUUUUUUGCAAGCAAUUAGUUUUUUGAUGAUUGAUGAGUUAAUGAAAUACCUAUGUAACACAUCCUAAGACGUAUUUGCAAACGAAUGUUAUAAG